CUGCCAUGCACAGCACUUGCCUCACUGUCAUCUAAUUAGAAUAAAAAAAGCCAGCCACUCCAGAUUUUAGUCAGAGUGCACAGGAAGGAGGAACGGGCGCUGCUUCAGUGGCGAAGUUGUGGGCUACCCCAACCGUCUUAAGGAGAGGCCGCCCCAGCCGAAGGGAGGCAACUCCACCCACUCCCAGCCAGAGGGAAAGGCACCAGCUGGUUCAGAAGUUUCCCAGCUGGGAGGAGGUGAACCUAGCAGCCCAGAACAGCUUCUAGUCUGAGGCGUGAUGCCCUGCCCUAGCCGCAGGAGUCGCUAUCCCGAGGCAAGGGGCCGCAUUCCUACCCUCAGGGUAACCGAGAAACCAAGGUUCUGUAGAAAUCAAGGUCCUGUAACUUCGCUGGGACUUGGCCUACCCCGCGGGGAGAAAGUGGGCGCAAAAGCUGUUUGGAUUUUCCUUGCAGGCGGCUUGGCUGCUCACGGCCCCUAGCUGGGCACCCGCAGGUGGGGGUGCAGCGGGGGGCAGCACCGCGACGCCCUUUGCAGCCGGCCACCCUCCUCCCUCCCGGCGGGCUUUUGCACACGACGCGUGGCGGGCAGCUUCACACGGGGUGGCCGGGAUAAAACGGGCGGGCGCGGGGCGCAGCGGGUGGCGUGCACACGUGGAGCGCGGAGACGCAGAGCUGGAGCGCCCGGGACAGCGCGGCCCUCACUGCAGUUAGUCCAGGCCGCUUUCGGCGGGGAGGCGGGGACGUGCGGGGUGGCAUGGAGGCCACUGAGAGGCAGCACCUGUUGGACGGCAGGCGUGGAGCUGGGUAAGACGGGAGCCGGGGAAGGCAAGCCCUGGGGCGACAUCCGACCCACCCCAUCCUCGCUGUGGCUGGAUUUGGCUGCAGCCUGAACUGGGACCACGCCAGAGGGAUGGGGUGAGGCCGGGGAAGGGGAAAUUGGCCGCGGUCCCCAAGCACCAGGAACCAUCCCUGCCUUUGUGCUGCGGAACACAGAUUCUGACUCCAGUUUACUGCAGUGGGAUAGGGGACAAUGUCUGGAGUCCCGCCCACAGGCCAGCCCUUUGCCCCCCGAGCAGCCCAGGGUAUGCCGUGUGCUCCAAGGGAGCCGGAGGGAAGAUCCGCGCUUCACCUUGAGCCUCAGCUGUGUUCUUUCUCCACGCUCUACUGGACAGUGCCUCUAGACCAGUUCCCAAAGACUCCUCUUCUAGUCCUUGAAAGGGACAAGGGAGAAGGGCCCGGCCCGGCUCCAAGGCCCCUAGACUCCCAUUCUUCCAGCAGCCGACCCCCUGAACAAGGGCUUCUCACCUUAUGGUCCCUCUACUGGGCCCCUGAGCUUGACGUAUUCUUAGCUCUUCUUUCCAGUGAACACAUGGGAGCACCAAGGGCCCACGGAGAGACGGUGCUGGGGUCAGCUGUCUUUGCCCCUAUCUCCCAGCCAAGUCCCCCCCACCCCUCUCCCGCCAGGUCAUACACAGGAUCUUUGUGGCAGCACAAGGCUGGCUGGCUCUCUCAGCUCCAGCCUGGCCUGGACUUCCAGGCUGUUGAGCUGGCUACCCAGAGCAACCAUUACUGCCAUGCCCAGAAGGAUCCAAGCAGUCACUAUGACCCCAAGAAGGAGCAGGCCCGUCGCCAGCUGUACGUGGCCUCUGCUGUCUGCCUGUUGUUCAUGAUCGGGGAAAUCAUCGGUGGGUACCUGGCACACAGCCUGGCCAUCAUGACUGAUGCAGCCCACCUGCUCACUGACUUUGUCAGCAUGUUCAUCAGCCUCUUUUCCCUCUGGAUGUCCUCCCGACCAGCCACGAAGACCAUGAACUUUGGCUGGCAGCGAGCUGAGAUCCUGGGAGCCCUGCUGUCUGUGCUGUCCAUCUGGGUUGUGACUGGGGUGCUGGUGUACCUGGCUGUGGAAAGACUCAUCACUGGGGACUAUGAGAUCAAAGGAGGCGCCAUGCUCAUCACGUCGGGUUCUGCCGUGGCUGUGAACAUCAUAAUGGGGUUGAUCCUUUACCAGUCUGGCCACGGGCACAGCCAUGGCAGUGGGCACAGUCAUGAGGACACCAGCCAGCAGCAGCAGAACCCCAGUGUCCGAGCUGCCUUCGUUCAUGUGGUUGGAGACUUUCUACAGAGCUUGGGUGUCCUGGUGGCAGCCUAUAUUUUAUACUUCAAGCCAGAGUACAAGUAUGUGGACCCCAUCUGCACCUUCAUCUUCUCCAUCCUGGUCCUGGGUACAACCUUGACUAUCCUCAGAGAUGUGAUCCUGGUAUUGAUGGAAGGGACUCCCAAGGGCAUAAACUUCACUGCCGUGCAGGACCUGCUGCUGUCAGUGGAGGGCGUGGAGGCCUUGCACAGCCUGCACAUCUGGGCGCUGACCAUGGCUCAUCCCAUGCUGUCUGUCCACAUUGCCAUUGAAUGCAGAUGCCCAGGCUGUGCUGAAGGUGGCCAGCACCCGGCUCCAGGGGAAGUUCCACUUCCACACUAUGACCAUCCAGAUUGAGAACUACUCCGAAGACAUGAAGGACUGUCAGGCAUGCCAAAGCCCCUCAGACUAGCAUCCUGGCCAGGCACCAACUGAGGCUCGACCAGGACCUGCAGAUGGCCAGACCAAGUGUCCUGCAGACCCAGCCAGGACUCUGCCUACCUUGCCCCUCUCUGGUCUAGGUUCAGUGUGGAGCUUUGUCCCCUGCAGGAGUGGGCUCUUGCUGACCUUGCCCAACUGCCCACAGCCAGCUCUAGGGUGGCAACCAGGCAGGUUUCCUGCCAGUGUGACCUCUCUCCUCCACCUCUAGGCCAGUCCCCACAGGGCUAUGUUUGGGUCUGAUCCCCAGCUGGUGCCACCCUGACACCCACAGUAGGAAAGUCACUGAGGCAUAGCCUGGGGAACAAAGAGGAGACUGGCUUAAAAGUUUCCCUACUGGCCUGCCUUUCCCACCUGCAUCCUGGCUGCCCUGGAACAGAGGCCCCUCCCUCUGCCAAUCAGGUUUGAGGAGGCCAUGGGAGUUGGUGUUAUGAGGACCCCUGCACUCACACAGUUCCCCUGAAAUGUGGAGCCAGGGCACCUGAGGUCUGCCUGUGACUUAGUCACCUUGGCUUCAGGCCAGUGCUACCUUUUCCUGGAGAGAGAAGCUUCUUACCGGGUAACAACCUGGCUGGUUUCCUCCUUCCUUGUCUCCCCCCAGGCUAGGAAGCUGGGCUAACAUACAGAUACCCUUGAUGCAGUUUGAGGGAACUGACUGCAGCUGGGGUCUGGCCAAAACAACUUCAUGGUCCCAGGACCACUUGUUGCACCCCGAUAGUGUUCCAGGAGGUUGUAGAGCCUGGAGUUAGACAUGAUUGACCUGGCUCUAUUGCCUGGAUGGCCUGAUAUUGUCAGAAUCAGGGGACAAAGGGCAUAGCCCAGAGGAGGGAAAAUCCUGGCUUCUGGGAUUUUGUGUAUGAACAUUACUGAUUUAGGAGCUGCCUUGUGUUUACAAGAAGCAAGAUGGGAGACCUGGCCUAUCUCACAGCGGCAGCAUGCCCAGUUAGCAAGGAGUCCUGCGCUGAAUUUCUGUCUUGCUUAAUGUCCAUUUCUGCUUUAUGGGCAAGGGUCCUUAGGCUGGUUGGCCUCUCCACUCUUAUCUGAAGACUAAGAAUGGAACACCUACUUCACAGGGCUGUUGUGAGGACAGAGCCAAAGAUUUGGUCACCUGGCCAAGCACCUGUUGGUUGCUGGAGAGUGGUUACUUUCACUGUCAUCCUGGAACAAGGGGACAUCUGUGGCCAAAGGCUGCCAGGUGGGCUUUGAACCUGCCCAGGGCAGCAUAGAGUCUGUCCUGACUGGCCAGGCCAUGGCAGCAGGAGGAGGAUCUGGUCCCUUCCUUUCUUCUUUGAGCUUCUUCGUAAAUGUCUUUCCAGAGCUAUUACUGGAAUUGCCUGUGAUCUAGGUCAGGGGUCCUUCAGCCUUUCAAGGUGACUGGGAAGUCAUCAGUGUUGGCCUGGAAGAGGCAGGCGGCAGGGAGGACAGCUGAUGACUGUGCUGCAUACCGCUAGCCUCCAGGAGCCACACAUCUGUCCUGCAAUCCCUGCAGGCCCCAGGAACCUUGGUCCUGGGCUUCCCUAUGUGCCAAGCCCUUCCACCCCUCCCGGAGCAGUUGUUUGGUCUUCUCUGUUUUUAUAUAUGAAAAAAGUGAGGCUCAGAGAGGCUAAAUCACCCAGCCAGUGCAAAGCGGGUCUGGGAUUUCUGCCUCAUUGACUGGACCGCUGUUACAGCAGGGGGUGGGGAUGUGCUCUGAAUUGGAUGUCGGUGCAGUCUCCCCCGAGUUCAGUAGUGCCCACCCCACAGGCAGAGUGAUGCCAAGGCAGUUAGUACCCUGGGUGCUGAAGCUGCAUUUGCAAAGGUGCCACUCUGCCCAGCUGCGCAGGCUCUGGGAGCGCUCCCUACCUUGGAAGGCUGCUCAACUGCAGCUUUCCUCACUGUCCUCCCCCUGCAACUGUGUCUGACCCUGGGCUGGACUGCUUCCCUCCUGCCUUCCUUUUCAGGCCCCCUGCACCUCCAGCAUCAAGGGCACCCUGCCUCCCAAAGGACACCUAUUCUGAAUGCCCAACAGUGACAGUCUCCAGGGAGGACUGAGUCAUCCAGGGGCCAGAGACCAAGCUGAAGGAUGGGGUUGGGAGACCUUAGGGACACCAUGUUCCAGAUGGCGACCCAGUCAUGGGAGUUUCCAGAGCAGCAAAACCCUCAAAGCAGGAAAACACCUGACACUCUAGACAGAGCUGCACCCCUCAACCCCACCCUU